AUGCAUCCUUACAAUAUUGCUCUCCUUCCCCCUACGUUCAAGGAGGCUAUGCACUUUUCUCCUUUGACGUCCACGUGGCCUAAUUUGAAGGAAUCGAGAGCCUCGGACAAUUUUAAAGAGGAAAGGGACAUAUGGGGCUUCCAGUUCUUCAUUGCUCUUAGCGCUUUGUUAAAUAAUGGUUUUCGUGAAUUAAACAUAAACAGAGCUUUGCUGCACGGCAUUCAAGUAAGGCUGUAUGAUUUCAAAUCCGACAGAAUGUGUAUGAUCUAUUUUCGCUGUCCUCCCUAUAGAAAAUUGGAAGAAAAGAAAGAGGUGGCUUUCAGUCACGCAUCACGCACUAAUGUUGAAAGAGGACGUACAAACGGAAAAAUUGUUGUGGAUUUCGAAAAAAAGGUCGCUUUUAAUGCCGCUGUAAAUGAGUUGGAUGGAAAUAUCACAGGGCAUAUUUACGGCAAUAGUCACUACUCACGUACCUUUCAGGAGUCUCAUAAUCAUCUAACUGGGGCUUUCCCCAGUUUUUCGUGGCUGUCCCUCUUACGUAUUCAUAAUGAAAUUUGA